AGGUUGUGACAGGUUGGACAGGUUGGACUGGUUGAGCUUUCGUUUUCUGUUUGUGAUUCCUGUGGAAAAAUCUAUUUUUCACUUUGGAACAAACUUCAGCGAUUGCCUAUAUAUCAGCCAAUAAAGUUUGAGCCAUACCAUUCCUCUUGAUAAGAUGGCAAAGCCUUCACAUAAAGAAUUGGAACGUGUUUUGAGAGAAUAUGCAGAAGGAAUACGGGAACUGUGUCAUCUUUACAACAUAGAUCCAAAAAGUGACAAAAGCCACCUCCAAAAAGUAAAGUCUGCUGCGAAAGAACUCAGAGAUCUUCAGUCAUUCGAGGUCUCGUCAAUACUCACUAUUAUAGAAUCAGGAACAAAAAUAUUAAACAGAACAAUCGAACUACUGGAGAAUGAUUCUGAUCUUGUCCAAGCAUGUCGUUACAGUGGUAUGGCCAGAGAUCUGAGUGAUAAUGAAAGGCAAAUUAUUUCACCUGGUGUGAUUCAGCAUGUUCAACAGAUGAAGGGAAUCAAAUUCCUCAUAAAACAUCACAAAGCAUCUCCUGCAAGCCAGGAAGUGAGACAGUGGAUUGAUAAAUUCGGGAUAAUUUACAACAAAAUGGGCAUUGAUACAAAAGUUUGUGAGGACUGUGCUGCAUUAGAAGUAAGUAAAGAGAAUCUGCUUCGUUAAAACUUCAUCAAAACUGCACUCUAAAGAAGCAAUACCUGUCUUGUUGUUCACAUUUUCAUGUCAACACCUAUUUGUUGUUCAGAAACUUUGGCCUGUCAUGUGUGUAUAUCUUAAAGUCUUAAAAGGUACAGAAGCAAAAGAGAGGACAUUUAAUUUUUUUACUCAGGAAUCUUCUUACUGGGAACUUAAAAUACCCUCAGAGGUCACAACAGGUGAAAAUGUGAAGUACAGGUACAGUGAGAAAUCUUUAUGAUAUUUUACGUACAUCUUUAUAAGAACAACCCAGGCAACAUUUUUGCAAAAGAUGUUAUUUGCUUCUUGCACAUUUCGUGACACAUUCAAAGUGAAGUGUCCAGUGAGUGGCACUAAAAGCGUGUUAAGUUUUAUCUGAAACAGAUGAACAUGAAUCUGGCAACAUUUUAUUACAAUGGAUUUUGUAUGUAUUGCGGCAGUUCAGAAAUAAAAUGUUUGGUGAGUGGCGCUAAAAGGUUAAAGCUCUAUCAAGUUUGAAAAUAACACUAAACCUAACCGAUUGUGUUAAACAAAGAUAAAAACGCAUUUGCAUUUCCAAUAAUUUGUACAUUAUUGGAGUUUUGUAGGUAGAGGCACCUUUUUUCCAAUGAGCCUGGCUUGUCUUUAUCAGCGUUAUAUUAAUAUUUUUUCAGUGUCAGCUCCACUGCAGGGAAAUAUGAAUGUUCAGAGACUGGCCUCCGCUGGUGGUGCGUCAGUGAUGUAAGUUUGGAGUAUCGGUUUGUUGGUUGGGAAUCAUUCAGUGACUUCAUGAACGACUACAAGCCAUGUGGACCUUUAAUGGACAUCACUGUAACCUCUGGCACACUUAAGGAAGUACAUCUACCUCACUUCAUCUGUGUAGAUUCUGUAUCUUCCUCAGAUAAUGCAGUGAAAGCUCUUCAUGUAAAGGGCAGUGAAGUUUCAUUGGAGAGAUGUGAAUUAACCAGAUUCCAUGCCAAGCUACUCAAUCCCACCUUCUCAUUCUGGGGAGUUAUUGCACAAUUCCAUCAGUACUUUUCCAUGAAAUUUCACUGUGAGACGUUGAUUUAUCGCACCAGGACUCCUGCCCUGAAGCUUCAUGUAUACCUGAUUUUAAAGGAUCCAAAACUUGAGGAGGAAGUGGAGAAAACAGAGGAUCGUAAUAUGAGGAUCGUAAAACCAAAGCCAAAUAAAGCCCUAAAAAUGAAUGACUGUUACACACUGAAAACAUCUUGUGAUUCCACAAUCAAACCUCCGAGUUUAAAUUUAACCACCUGCAAAGCCAACUUCUUUGAUGUACACAUUAAAGAUGCAAAAGAAUGCAUUGAACUCCAUAUAAUGACAAAAGAGGACAAAAAAAUAUGGGAUGUUAAUAUAGAAUCAGAUGAAUUCAACAGUUCAGUCUCUGACUCCCUCCAGUCAACCUCACCAAUGACUGGUAACAGACUUGUACAUGAGAUCCUCCUUGAGCAUCUUGAAAAUCUGACAACUGAAGAACUAGAAGUAUUUAAAUGGCAUUUGACUGAAGGUGUUGCAGCCUUCAAAAAAACCCCCAAAUGUAAACUGGAGACAGCAGGCAGAUGUGACAUUGUGACAUGUAUGAUUGACCAACAUGGUGUGGAUGGUGCUGCUAAACUCACUAUGACCAUUUUAAGAAAAUUGCUAAAGAACAAUGAUGCAAAACAACUGCAGGAGAAGCUUGAUAUUAAAGACUGAACAUCUACCAGAUGAGCAAGAGUGGAUAUUUAACAAACAAAAAUAGUUUGUAUCAGAUAUAAGAUUAUCUUAGAUAUGCACAGCAAUUGAUUGUAUGAGGCAUACAUGAACAAACUACACAACAGUGAUAUCAUCAUUUUCCUCAAUCUUAACUUUUUUUCUUUAAAUUAACAUCAUGCAGCAAUAAAAUGUUUGUGAACCUAAAAAUGGUUAAUAGAUAACGAUACGAAUUAAUGUUCUGUUGCAAUUGCCUUUACUGUUUUUUUUUUCUUGAGGGAUCCUAUAUACUUUAUUAAUUUAUGUAACAAUUUAUGAUUACACAUUUUAGAUUCAAAUUGUCUCACCUCAAAAAAAAAAAAAAAAAAAAAAUACUGUUAGACUGUACUUUGAACCUCCAAAAUGCUGAGAUGCCUACAAUUAUAUUAUUUUUAGAUUUGCUUUAAUAACUCUUGUGGUUUACUUGUUUUGAUUACAAGCACAAAAGAGGAACUUGCUGAUGUAUUUAGGUUUUAUUAUAUAUAAGAGGACCAAUUUUCUUGUAUUUACUAAACUUUUGAUUACGAUUGUUACUAACAUUUUUGGAUAAUACUUAUAUUUUUGACUUCAAUAUUUCAGAGAUAUUGGAUUUUGAUUUAUAACUGUUUGUGUUAUUAAUUCUGUUAUGAUAAUUUUCCAUUAUUACAUUUACAUUUUUAUCCUUGAAAAUCAAUCUAUCAUUUAUUCUCUGAUUAUAUUUUAAUAAACAAUAAAAUCGAUUUAAUCAUCUGACCUUGGAUCUCCUCAUUGCAUCAACAUAUCUCAACUUUUGUCAAAUUUCUUUGUCCAGAGUUUACAGCAAUUUCUACAAACGGCAAAGUGCUCUUAAACCGAGAAGAUGGGUGGCUCUAAAAAAAAGCCUUUGGAUAGCUGAGAGUUCCAGUUAACACUUUAUUUGGAGCUGCUGUACUUGGUGAAGGCUUUCGUGUUUUUUUUUUUUCUUUGAGGAAAUUUGCCAUGUAGCCUACUGUACCUGAUAGGCCCCAAAUUAAUCAUUAGAUUAUUGAAUCUAAGUUAAUCGAAUCGAAAUCGAAUCCAAUUGUGAAAUUUGUGUCAGUGCCCAGCCUUAUAGUCAAUAAAUGUUUAUUUAUUUUAUUUAUUUAUUUAUUACUUGAAGCAAGUGUUGUCUUUUCCAAUUAUUCUAUGAUUAUCCAUCAUCUGCGCAUUUCUGGCUUACUUCCAACGCAACUGUCACUAAGCAACAAAUGAAGGCGCGCUGGUUUGUUUGUUUUGAAGGGAAUAGUGCAGACCCAAUAAACAAUAAUGUGGGGUAAAUAACCCCAGUGUAAAAUGGAAAGAACCACUUCACAACAAUGAUGCACAUCUGCCAAAUUUUAGCAGACCCUGGCCAGAAACACUGAUUUUGCAGCAGCGAUCAAAAUGAGUAAAUGACAAUUGAAACUAACGUUACGCUUCAAAUAGAGGGGUAGGAGGAUCAUUAAGAUAUUUGCCGCCACCUACUGGCAGUUUUAUUUUCUUAUUUAGAGUAUAAUUUCACCAAAAAUAAUUUCAUAUUUCCAUAAAAAAAAAAAAAUAAAUAAAUAAACGGUAUAGUUCACCCAAAAAAUGAAAAUUACACUAAUUAAUCAUCAUGUAAUUAAUUAGAUUAAAACUUUUAAUCACUUGACAGCCUGAAUAUAUUUCAGGUGUUCAACCGUUCAGCAUGCAUGAGAACUAUCAGUAACCUGCUGUUAAAGAGUUCUCAUGCAUGCUACACUUGAUGGUGAUGAUUUUUUUUUUUUACCAUAUGCUACAGCUCAUCCAUUUAAAAAAAAAAAAAAAAAG